ACCGAGGCGCCCUGGCUCUCGUGAGCCGCCGCCGCUGCUGCUGCUGGCAGAAAGAUGGGAAAAUACGAUAACCGUCCUUCGACAAAAAUAACAUAACAUGUACACUUCUGCUUGUUCGAAAGAGGACUAAGAUCUGGCACUGAUCAGAGCUUCACCAGACCACGGAAAAAGUUCAGAGCGGGAUCAUCAUAAAUUCAUCCAGCUGUUAGAAGGCAGAAAAGAACAACCUACACACGCCUGUGGUGAUACCUCAGUUCUGCAGUUAGCUCCUUUAUUCAGUUCAGCAGAAAAUGUACGGUAGCGCUCGCUCGGUCGGCAGAGGGGACGCCAAUCACAGUGGAGGAAGAGAUGGAAGUGGCAGUAGCAAUCAGGGAUCGGGUCGUUCGCCUCGCCUGCCUCGCUCUCCUCGGAUGGGGCACCGACGCACCAACAGCACCGGCGGCAGCGGAGGAGGUCCUGGAGGAGCAGGAGGCAAAACCCUGUCCAUGGAGAACAUCCAGUCCCUCAAUGCUGCGUAUGCCACCUCAGGACCGAUGUACCUGAGUGAUAAUGAAGUCAUCAUGGCGGGCGACCACAUUCCCAAAAGUGGCGGUACUGUGACUAUCACAGGGAGACAGAGGGUGACUUAUGGGUCAAGAAGCAGCGGUGGAGUUGUAGCAGCUAGCACUCCAAAUAUCUCCACCACUGUGCCUACUAAUGCAGUGCUGCCAGCAGGCAUGAUAGCAGGUGAUGCUCUAGCUUUCGGGGACCACCACAUGGCUUCUACAGUCCCCCAUUCUCUAAGACAAGCCAGAGACAACACCAUACUUGACCUGCAGGCUCAACUCAAAGAGGUUCUGAGGGAGAAUGAGAUGUUGCGGCGCGAGGUGGAAAUCAAGGAGAGCAAACUGAGUUCCUCCAUGAAUUCAAUUAAAACCUUCUGGAGCCCAGAGUUAAAAAAGGAGCGAGCUCUCAGGAAAGACGAAGCCUCCAAGAUUUCCGUUUGGAAGGAACAGUACCGUGUUAUUCAGGACGAAGCGCAGCAUCUGCAGAUGACUGUUCAGGCUCUUCAAGAUGAGCUGAGGAUCCAGAGGGACCUGAACCAGCUGCUUCAGCAAGACCCUGCCAGCCAAGGAAGGGAUCUGGCCCUGACGUCUGAGCCUACAGAGGAGAACUACCGGCGGCUACAAGCCGAGUAUGAAAGGCAGGUCAAGGAGCUUUUCUUGCUGAGGAAGACACUGGAGGAGAUGGAGCUGAGGAUCGACACACAGAAGCAAACCCUGGUCGCCAGAGACGAGUCGAUCAAAAAGCUUCUGGAGAUGCUGCAGACCAAAGGACCAUCUGCCAAAGCAUCAGAGGAGGACCAGGAGAGGACCAGGAGACUGGCCGAUGCAGAAAUGCACAGGCAUCACCUUGAGAGUUUACUGGACCAGAGAGACAGAGAGAUUACUGCACUCAGAGAGGAGCUUCAUCGCCGAUUUGAAGGAACUCCUGAAUCCACCAAAACAAAGGCUUUACAGACUGUUAUUGACAUGAAGGAUGCAAAAAUCAAUUCUAUGGAGCGCAGCAUGAGGGACAUGGAGGAGGAGCUGCUCUUGAUGAAGUCCAAUGGACUUUUGAGCUGUGAGGAGCGUCAAGAGGAGAUGAAGCAGAUGGAGGUGUACCGCAGUCACACUAAGUUCAUGAAAAACAAGAUGGAGCAGGUGAAACAAGACCUCUCCAGGAAGGAUACUGAGCUGCUUGGUUUGCAGACUAAAUUGGAGACUCUAACUAACCAGUUUUCAGACAGCAAGCAACACAUUGAAGUCCUCAAGGAAUCCCUCACAGCCAAGGAGCAGCGCGCUGCUAUCUUACAGACAGAGGUUGAUGCCUUGCGCCUGCGUUUGGAAGAGAAAGAGGCAACUUUGAAUAAGAAGAGCAAGCAGAUACAGGAAAUGUCGGAGGAGAAGGGAACCCUCAAUGGGGAGAUUCACGACCUAAAGGAUAUGCUGGAAGUGAAGGAGCGGAAAAUUAAUGUGCUGCAGAAAAAGAUCGAGAACCUGCAGGAACAACUUCGGGACAAGGAGAAGCAGAUGAGCAGUUUAAAGGAGAGAGUGAAGUCUUUACAGGCUGACACUUCCAACACCGAUACUGCCCUUACAACGCUGGAGGAGUCUCUUUCAGAAAAGGAGCGCAUCAUCGAGCGUCUGAAGGAGCAACGAGAUCGAGACGACAGAGAAAAGACAGAGGAGCUUGAUUGUUCCAAGAAGGAGCUGAAGGAGUUGAAGGAGAAACUGAGCUUACUGCAGGGAGACCUGUCCGACAGAGAGACUUCUCUAUUAGACCUGAAGGAGCACGCCUCAUCCCUGGCCUCUUCAGGCCUGAAGAAAGACACCAAACUCAAGAGUUUGGAGAUUGUCUUGGAGCAGAAGAGGGAAGAGUGCCUAAAACUGGACAACCAACUAAAGAGAGCUCAGAAUGCAGCGCUGGAAGCUCAAGCUAACACAGAGCUGGCUGAACGCAUCAGGAGUCUGGAGCAAGAAGUAGCCCGACACAAGGAGGAUUCUGGGAAGGCCCAGGCUGAGGUGGACCGCCUGCUGGAGAUACUUCGGGAAAUGGAGAAUGAGAAGAAUGACAAGGACAAAAAGAUCAGCGAGCUGGAGAGUCUGGCCUCAAGGCAGAUGAAGGACCAGACGAAAAAGGUGGCAUCGCUGAAGCACAAGGAGCAAGUGGAGAAGAGCAGGAACGCUCGGUUAAUGGAGGAGGCCAGGAAGAGGGAGGACAACAUGUCUGAAUCUUCACAGCAGGUCAAGGACACUCUCCGUCAGAAAUCUGAGCGCAUCGAGGAGCUGGAGGAGGCUCUGAGAGAGAGCGUUCAAAUCACCGCCGAGCGAGAGAUGGUGCUGGCACAGGAGGAGGCAGCCCGGUCACUGCAGGAGAAACGGAUGGAGGAGCUGUUGGGUGCUAUGGAGAAGGUGAAGCAGGAGCUGGAGUCCAUGAGGGCUAAGAUGGCGUCUACCCAGCAGUCUUUGUGUGAGAAAGAAGCCCACCUCACAACACUGAGAGCUGAGCGCAGAAAACACCUGGAGGAGGUGCUGGAGAUGAAGCAGGAGGCUCUUUUAGCCGCUAUCAGCGAGAAGGACGCCAACAUUGCUCUGCUGGAGCUGUCGUCUUCUAAGAAGAAGAAAACUCAGGAGGAGGUGACUCAGCUGAAGCGAGAGAAAGACAGGCUGGUGCAGCAGCUCAAGCAGCAGACUCAAAACAGAAUGAAGCUGAUGGCAGACAACUAUGAAGACGACCAUCUGCGGACUGCGCCCGACCAGACGAAUCACAAACCCUCUCCAGAUCAGAUGAUACCCCCUCUUCUAGCCUUGUCCCAGAACCGCAGCAAACUCAAACUCUACAUUGCCCACCUGACGGACCUCUGCCACGACCGAGACCCCAGCAUCCUCAGCCAGCUCACGCCACCAUCUCACUAUCACCACAGCGACCCUGAAGACUGGGAGGAGGAGCUUCAGAAAUUGAGCGUCGAACAGUUGGAGCGGGAGCUGGAGGUGUGUGAGAAGGAGAGCGGGGAGCUGCAGGAGUACGCCAACACGGUUCUCCAGCAGAUUGCAGACUACUGCCCGGAUAUCCUGGAACAGGUUGUCAACGCCCUGGAGGAGUCGUGCUGACAACUCUGACCUCAAGACACAACCAGGCCGAGCCCAGAAACCUCCACCUUCCCACUAAAAGGAGGAGAAACUGCUGGGGCGUUUGAAUUUCGUCCUGUUUGACCCCUCCUCUCUGCGCCCUUCGACACCCUGCAACAAACUUUCAGGACCACGAGUGCUUUUCAUUUUCUUGUGUUCAUGUGAGCUGGAAAAAAAAACAUCCACGUUGCUC